AUGAUAGUUAUGAUGAUGGGAAACCUUUUAGACCAAGCAAAGGCUCAAACAAAUUCUUUAGGUCAAAAAGAGGAUAAGAAAAUCCCUUUUAUUCAGUGUUAUCCACCUUGUCUUCUAGUGUGCAAGAGUAUGCACAAGUUUCCAGCGUUUCUUAUAUGUCCAUUUACAUGUCUUAAAACCUGUCUUUUUCCUACUUCACGUACUGAUCCAUCUCCAUCUCCCAUCAAA